UUUCCAUAAACGGCACAGACAUCCGAUCAACAUGACAAGUCAACUCAUCUUCUUGACCGUGGCGGUCGUCGUCCUGGCACAAUUCUCUUUGGCUUUGCCUGCACGGCAAUCUGUGAAUCAAGAAGCAUUAUCUGCCGCAGAGGCGGAGCACAGCGAAGAAGCAGCUGGAGCUGCAGCAACGGGAAAUUCUGAAAACACGGCCACCGAGUACCAGAAUCAUAAUAUAAUUAAGCUUACGUUACGUGAAGAAUCAUUGGUAAUCGAGAUCAACUCUGAGAAAUUUGCAAUAGCGAAUAAAGAUAUCCGACACCGUCAUGAUAACGUUACUGCAACGAAUACCGAUGAAUCAAGUGCAGCCCUCGCUCACGUACAGCAAAGCGUAGAAUCGGACUGACAAUGAGUUAUCUCUUUCAUCGAGAAUGAUAUUCAUCCGGCCGCAGGUUCAACUUGUGUGAAAAUUUUUCUUCCUACUAUAUUUAACCAUGCGACGUUGCAGUGCGUUCGAUUAUGUAAUUUUAUUUAUUGUGUGUUUAUAAAUAAAAAUAUCUGG